AUGGCUGCCAAUGAAGAACGUGUCUUUGACGACAUCGAUAACCUGUUGGAAGCAGAGGGCAUUCUAUCCCAAGGAACACACAAGCCAACUGUGGACUGGAAAACCAGGAUGAAAGGUUCAUCCUUCAAGAAGAAUCUGCGAAAAGACCCACCUGCCCAUUCUUCAUAUGAAGAAGACUCUCCGUUUGAUGAGAGUUUGCCCUUUGAUGAGAGUUUUAGUGGUAUUGGCCAAGGACACAAGAGUGAUCCGAUCGCCAAGGAAGAUGUGGAAGCAGACCUAUUCGACGCCAGCAUGAAUCUCCCUGUUAUGGAGGAAGAAAACGAGCCGGAUGCAUUAGAAGACGAAGCAGCAAACACUCACAGUCAUUUGUUCUGGUAUCGAAACACAGUUGAGACAGCUUCUAGAGGUCCAACUGAGGUCAUGAACGAAAUUUUGAUUGCCGGUGGCAUGAAUAGUAGUACCAACCCCACUGCAUUGGAAAGGUCUAUGGAAAUGGCAGCUACCGAUGUCUACGACGAGCUGUUGGAUAUCAUCGCGCAGACAACACCAACAAAGAGCGUGCAAGAGGUGCAUGAAGAGCCUACGCAGGACCAACAGUUUGUCAUGGACAUACUCUCCGGACCUGCAGACAGCCCACCACGCAGCCCCACAAAGGAAUUCCUCAAGCAGGAAACGCCAGUCCAAUCGAGAAGUGUCAGGGCAUCUCCUUUUGCCGACGAAUCCAAUCCCUACUGCAGCGAUGAGAUGGAGGAACUUGACCAAGCUCUCAAUGCAAUGACUUUGGCUCAAACUCAAUCUGAUUUCGUCGCGAAGGAAGCUACCACCUCGCCAAAUGAGAAAGACCUUAUUUCCAUUGAUCCAAUUCCGAUCACUCCUCCUCCUCCUGAUCACGUCAUAAUGAUGGAUCCAGCAUACGGGAACUAUUCAGAAAGUGAGGACGAGGAAGAUGGGAUCGUCAGAAUCCAGCUCACAGACGAAGAUGUUUAUGGCAGAGAUUUCGAAGCAAAAGCCUUGGCCGAACAUCCGGUGCUAAUGCAUGAGCACAACUUCACUUUGCAUCGUAGCAUUCAAGCCCGUGCCGUCGAUACCUUUUGUGACGAGCCUAGUAGUUCUGCGGUCUCCAUAGAAGCAUCCAUGGAAGCACGGGUAAUGAACAUUCUUUCUCCUAUUCGCGACAUGCUUACUCCCAAAAAGUGGAAAGGUUCUCCCACGACACCAGCUACCGUCGGAGAAUCACCAACGCAUGGGGAUAUAGAGAGUGGAUCUGUCAAUGCUAGGCUACGAUCCAAUCUGUCCAAUCGGUUCCGACUUGCUACCUUUCGCGACGAGCCAAAUAGUUCCUCGCCCCCCGCAGAAGAAUCCAUGGAAGCGCGGGUAAUGAACAUUCUUUCUCCCAUUCGCGAUAUGCUUACUCCCAAAAGGUGGAAAAGAUCUCCCGAGACACCAGCUACAGUCGGAGAAUCACCAACACAUGGGGAUGUCGAGGGCAGAUUUGGUGAUGCUAUUCUGCGAUCCAAUCGGUUCCGAUUUGCUAUGGAUACGGAGGGUGACGAGGAGUAUGUUCACUGGAAAGACCGAUACUGCACGAAACGACAGAUUUAUCUCAUGGCGAUUUUGGCAGUGCUUGUCAUUGCCUUUAUCGCCGUCGUUUCGGCGAUGAUUGGAAUGCAAAACGAUGAAGUUGCUGAACAAGAAGGUAUUAAUGACUUCUACAGAGUGACUGGAGAUGGUUCCCAUGGUAGCAAUUAA